UAAUGAGCAAUCGGAAACAAGUGGUUUACAAAAAUGAAAACAACUGAGAUAAUAAUAUCAGAGAUAACGGCCAAUUCUGACUAUAUAAAGAAGAAAGUGCAACGAAUCAAUCAGUAUUUGUUUUAUUUUCGAAUUCACCAGAUUGAAACUAUGGCAGUGAUUAAUUUAACCGAAGUACAAGUGAAAGAAUUGAUGGAUUGGCCACUCGUCUUUCACGCUGUUGAACAAUCACUUCGGUCAAUAUGUAAAACAAAAGUUAGCCAAGAUCAACCGACUGCAGUGCAACCAACGCGGAUAUUUACACCGACUGAAAAAGGCACACUAUUAUGCAUGCCAGGUUUCAUCGGCAACUAUAAAUUAGCUGCGAAUCAACCGAAGGUGUACAAUUCACUUGGAUGCAAAUUAGUGACGGCAUUCGUAGGCAAUAAAGAUUUAAUUCCCCCGAAACCGAACAUUAUUGGAAAUAUUUUUCUAUUUAAUGAAGAAACCGGUGAACUAACAGCAACUAUACAAGCCUCUGAAAUAACUGGAUGGAGAACAGCCGGUGCUUCGCUUGUUGCCACUAAAUAUCUUUUCUCAAAACGGCCAUCAACGCCGCAAAUAAACACAGUUGCCAUUAUUGGGUGUGGUGUUCAGGGUCGCACUCACGCUAUCGGUUUGUUGUCAACGAAUUUCGUUGAAACAAUUCGCUUGUGGAAUCGAACAAAGAGCCGAGCCGAGUCUCUGAUCGCUGAAUUGAUGCAAUUACGACAAAGUUUUAAAAAUCCCAAUAUUAAAAUUGAAUGCGUCUCCACAGUUGAGGAAUGUGCUAAGAAUGCCGAUGUUAUUGUAACUGCUACAUUCUCAAGUUCGCCAAUCUUGUUCCGGUCAAUGAUUAAAAAUAAUGUGCACAUCAAUGCGGUUGGCGCUGGUGUAAAUCACCAUACUGAACUUAGCGAAGAUAUAUACAAAGACCCACAGACGAAAAUAUAUGUUGAUAGCAUUGAUAAUGCUCACUCUGAAUUGAAAACGUUGGACGCUCCGAUUGUUGGAGAAGUCGGUGAUAUCAUCAACGCACACAGUGCACCACCAACGACAGGAAUUACUAUAUUUCAUUCGAUGGGUAUGGCCGUUGAAGAUGUGGCUGUUGCACAAGCGAUUCUUGAAAAAUUCAAAAUUAAAUAAUUCGGCAGAUUUUUUUUUACAAAAUAACCACAACGCAACAUUCCCCCUCGUCCCUCGCUUUUUUUAAUCAAUUCAAGCAUGCAGAUAGUGCAUAGCAUCAUUGUGACAUACAUUUUGAAAAAUUCCGUUUUUAUUGAAAUUUUUUUUAAUGAAAAAAAUAUUAUGAUGGGAUAGCGUUCCUUGUCAUAAAGUGAUCGAAAUUGAUUAUGAUUGCUUUUUAAAUGUAAUAUUUAUGUUAUUAAAAUCAUGGCAUGAUUCAAUUCAAACAAGAA